UAUGAAGCGCGCGAAAUCAAGAGACGCUCUCUGAAUAAUUUGGCUUCGCUUCCACAACCACCACCACCACCACCACCGUCAUGGGCAAGCAAAAACAGCAAGUGAUAUCCCGCUUCUUUGCUUCAAAACCUAAAACCCCGCCAAACCCUUCCCCUUCUCCUCCUCCUCCUCCUCCAUCUUCAACCCCACCAACCCCUCCUCCCAAAAUCUCAGCCACAGUCACUUUCUCACCCUCCAAACGCCUCCUUUCCUCCCAACUCUCCUCCCCGAAUCCCAAACCCCCAAAACUCCCCAAACUCUCUCCUCACACCCACAACCCCAUUCCCCCUCUCCCCAACCCCUCCCUCCACCAAAAAUUCCUGCACAAACUUCUAGAACCUUCCCCAACCCCUCCAGAACCUUCCACACAUAACCCAAAUCCAAACCCGACCAAAUACACCCCCUUAGAACAACAAGUAGUGGACCUGAAGAACAAAUACCCAGAUGUUCUUUUGAUGGUGGAAGUUGGUUACAAAUACCGCUUUUUCGGCGAAGAUGCUGAAAUUGCCGCCAGGGUGUUGGGGAUUUAUGGCCUUUUGGAUCACAAUUUUAUGACGGCCAGCGUGCCAACUUUUCGAUUAAAUGUCCAUGUGAGGAGGCUUGUGAGUGCUGGGUAUAAGGUUGGUGUGGUGAAGCAGACCGAGACCGCGGCCAUUAAGGCUCACGGGGCGAAUCGGUUGGGCCCGUUUUGCCGGGGUUUAUCGGCUUUGUACACGAAGGCGACGCUGGAGGCAGCCGAGGAUGUGGGGGGAGGAGAGGACGGUUGCGGGGGAGAGAGUAAUUAUUUGAUGUGUGUGGUGGAGAAGUGUGUCUUGGAAAAGAAUAUGGAGUGUGGAUUGGAGAGUCAGUUUGAUGUGAGAAUUGGGAUGGUUGCGGUGGAGAUAUCUACCGGGGAUGUGGUUUAUGCGGAGUUCAAUGAUAAUUUUAUGAGGAGUGGGCUUGAGGCUGUGGUUUUGAGCUUGUCACCGGCCGAGUUGCUUCUUGGGGAGCCUCUCUCUAGGAAAACAGAGAAGUCCUUACUUGGUUAUCCUGGACCUGCCUCAAAUGUCCGUGUGGAGCAUGCCUCGCGAGAGUGCUUCAAAGAUGGUGGUGCACUUGCGGAAGUGAUGUCUUUAUUUGAGGUCAUGAGUGAAGAUAGUUUAGCAGAUCAUCCAAAACAAAACACAGAGAUCGCAGAGCAGGGGUUGACAAUUGAGGGAAUUAUGAACAUGCCAGAUUUGGCCGUCCAAGCAUUGGCCUUAACCAUUCGUCAUCUAAAACAAUUUGGUUUUGAAAGAAUUUUGUGCCUAGGAGGUUCAUUUAGGCCCUUUUCAAGCAACACGGAGAUGGCCCUCUCAGCUAAUGCACUUCAACAAUUGGAGGUUUUGAAGAAUAACAGUGAUGGGUCUGAGUCUGGCUCCUUGCUGCAGUCGAUGAAUCAUACUCUGACUAUAUUUGGUUCAAGGCUUCUUAGGCACUGGGUAACUCACCCUUUAUGUGAUAGAAACAUGAUUUCUUCUCGCCUUGAUGCUGUUUCUGAGAUUGCAGAGUCGAUGGGGUCUUCUAGAUCUUCUCAAAAUAUUGGAGGGUCAGAUGGGGAAGAUUCUGAUAUAACAAUUGUACAACCUGAGUUUAAUUAUUUGCUUUCUUCGGUUUUGACCACAUUGGGAAGGUCACCUGAUAUUCAACGUGGAAUAACAAGAAUCUUCCAUCGGACUGCCACCCCAUCAGAGUUCAUUGCAGUUAUUCAAGCUAUUUUAUAUGCUGGAAAACAACUUCAGCAACUUCAUAUUGAAGAAGAGAACAAUGGGAAAAAUAUGAAAGCAAAGACUGUGCGCUCUGAAUUGUUGAGAAAGUUGAUUUUGGCUGCUUCAUCAUCCAGUGUAAUUGGCAAUGCUGCGAAACUGUUGUCUACCCUUAACAAAGAAGCAGCUGAUCAAAGGGAUCUACAAAAUUUAAUUAUCAUUUCUAACGGCGAAUUUCCUGAGGGUGCUAAAGCCCGGAAAGAGCUUCAACUGGCAAAGGAGAAAUUGGAUUCUUUGAUUGAUUUGUAUCGCAAGCGGCUUGGAAUGCGCAAGUUGGAAUUCAUGAGUGUGUCUGGAAUAACACAUUUGAUAGAGUUGCCCUUAGAUGUAAAGGUACCUUUGAAUUGGGUCAAGGUAAACAGCACCAAAAAAACAAUACGCUAUCACCCACCUGAAGUAUUGACUGCUUUAGACGAGUUAUCCCUGGCAAAUGAGAAGCUAACUAUUGCCUGUCGUGCUGCUUGGGAUAGCUUUCUAAGGGGAUUCAGUAAAUAUUAUGCCGAGUUCCAAGCUGCUGUUCAAGCAUUAGCUACAUUGGAUUGUCUGCACUCACUUGCCAUUCUUUCUAGAAAUAAGAACUAUGUUUGCCCAGUUUUUGUCUAUGAAGAUGAACCUGUUCAGAUAUAUAUUUGUUCUGGUCGUCACCCGAUGGCAUUGGGAUUCCAAAAUGUUUUGGAAACUACAUUGCAAGACAAUUUCGUUCCAAAUGACACAAAUUUGCAUGCAGACGGAGAGUAUUGUCAGAUUGUUACUGGACCCAACAUGGGUGGAAAGAGUUGCUACAUUCGCCAAGUUGCUCUCAUUGCUAUCAUGGCUCAGGUCGGGUCCUUUGUACCUGCAUCAUCAGCAAAACUCCAUGUGCUAGAUGGUAUCUACACCCGAAUGGGUGCUUCUGACAGUAUCCAACAAGGGAGAAGCACCUUUCUAGAAGAGUUAAGUGAGGCUUCACAUAUACUCCACAAUUGCACAGCACGUUCGUUGGUUAUCAUUGAUGAACUUGGGAGAGGCACAAGUACACACGACGGUGUAGCUAUUGCUUAUGCUACAUUGCAUUAUCUACUAGAGCAAAAAAGAUGCAUGGUCCUCUUUGUCACCCACUACCCCAAAGUUGCCGAUAUUAAAACUGAAUUUCCAGGCUCUGUCGGGGCCUACCAUGUUUCAUAUUUGACCUCACAUAAAGAAUCGGAAAUAAAGGACUCAAAAUCAGAUCAUGAAGACGUCACUUACCUAUAUAAGCUUGUCACUGGUGUUUGUGAGAGAAGUUUUGGGUUUAAGGUUGCGCAGCUUGCACAGCUACCUCCAACGUGUAUUAGUCGAGCCACUUCCAUGGCUUCCAGGUUGGAAGCUUUGGUAACAUGCAGGGCAGGAAGGAGAUCGGGGAAAAAACUGUUGCUAGGGGAAAUGCUGACUGAUUAUGAACAGAAAACCAAAGAGAACAUUUUGGGAAUUCCUGAGUGCUUCCGUCCAGGAGGGACUGGAGAAUUAGAAGAUAUAAGUAUUGCUUACAAGGAAUUCUUUUUGAACUUGGAAGCUGCAAUAUCUGAUGAUGCAGGAAGCUUCCAGCUUUUAAAUGCGAGGAGCAUUGCAAAGGAAUUAACAAGAAGGUUAAGAUGAAAUUGAUAAAAGGCCAUUCCUGAAAGUGAGUGGCAUGCAUACAUACUAUGGCGAGGAGAGCAACAGUAAAGCAAUCGUGGCAGAUUUCAAAAUGAGGAUUUCUUCUGUUUUGUAGAUAACAUUUUUGUGUAAAUUUUUAUUUUUAUUUUUAUUUUCAGCACAUUUCCGUUGCCUCUCUCUCUCUCUCUCUCUCUCUCUCAGUUAAAUGUAAUCUCAUUUUUAUUUUAUGUGUGUAAAUUACCAUAUGUUGUAAUUAACACAAGAUAGAUUCUCCUAUGCAGUCUCAAAAUUGGGAAUUUCUUCUGUAUUGUAGAUAACA